AUGGACCCAUCAAACGCGAACCCACGCGAUAGCAGUUCUGGAACAAGGCUAGUCUCAUAUGACGAGAAGCAGUCGUCCAUAUCCAGGGAGCCGUCAGAAGAAUCGGUCGGGGCCCAACAGCGGGCCAAUGUCAGAGCGGAGAAAGCAGCCGCUAUCCGCCGCGCAUGCGAUGCGCGCGAUGUGGAAGCGUUGGUCUUGUAUGCCACCAGUGAAGGCGGAUUGCUGGACGACGAAUUGAGACAGAUAGCAUGGCCGAUUUUCUUACAAUGUGACACAAACUCACGACCUGACGACUUGAAACCCCUAAACGACUUACCACGACAUGCCGACGAGGACCAAGUACAGCUUGAUGUCAACCGGUCUUUUGUCUAUUAUCCUGCUGUCCCUGAGGAGGAGCUCUUAGAAAAGAAAGAGCAAUUAUCGGACCUAAUCACGCUGAUCCUGAGGAACUAUCCUAUGCUAUGCUAUUUCCAAGGAUAUCACGAUAUCGUGCAAGUCUUGCUUCUGGUACUAGGGGCCCAGAAGGCUGCGUCGGCCAUGGCGCACGUAUCCCUCUUCAAAAUUAGGGACUAUAUGCUCCCGUCGCUCACUCCAGCCUUGAAACAUCUACAGCUGAUUCCUGCAAUUGUCGGAACCGUCGAUCCCGCACUGUGGAGGCAUCUCGCGAAUAUUCAACCCUUUUUUGCCCUUGCCGCGACCCUCACUCUCUAUGCUCAUGACAUUCAAGAGUAUAGCGAUAUUGCCCGUUUGUUCGACUUUCUUCUUGCUCGGGAGCCAGUGGUAGCUAUCUACCUGUUUGCGGCGAUCAUCCUCUCCCGAAAGAAAGAACUAUUGGAUAUCCCGGUGGAUGAGCCGGAGAUGCUGCACUUUACUCUGUCCAAACUGCCAUGUCCACUUAAUCUGGAUGGACUUAUCUUGAGUGCAUCUCAGCUUUUCAAAGACAAUCCCCCCGAGUCGUUGCCUCUUCGCGCGUGGAAACGUAUUCCAAACUGCAGCGUACUCAAAACCUCGCGAGAUUCAUCUCAACCAUACAACGUCGAGGAAGCCAUACAAUUGUUCCAACAACAAACACGGCAGCUGCAGGAUGAGGAGCGUCGGAAGCAAGCUCUCGAGUUCGCGUGGAAGCACCGGAGGACGGUCGGAUCUGUGGCAUUAGCUAUACUGGUUGGCGCUGCAUCCAUCUACAUCCGAAGAAAGAGUCUUGAUUUUUCAUUCUGGUCCUAUGUCGGCCAACUUCAGGCCAUGCUCAAGGGCUGA